GGCCCGGCCUCCGCGGGCGAGCGGCGCGCGCGCCCCCGUGGGCUCCGGCGCGAGGAGAGUCGGCGGCCGGAGCCGUCACCCCGGGCGGGAUCGAGCGCAGGCGACAACGCGCGGCGGCCCGGCCGAGGGAGGGAGCGAGCGAGCGGGCGAGCCAGAGAGCGGGCGGGAGGCAGCCGCUGGCGCCCGAGGGGCCGAGCGAGAUUGUAAACCAUGGCUGUGUGGAUACAAGCCCAGCAGCUCCAAGGAGAUGCCCUUCAUCAGAUGCAAGCACUGUAUGGUCAGCAUUUCCCCAUCGAGGUGCGGCAUUAUUUAUCCCAGUGGAUUGAAAGCCAAGCUUGGGACUCAAUAGAUCUUGAUAAUCCACAGGAGAACAUUAAGGCCACCCAGCUCCUGGAGGGCCUGGUGCAGGAGCUGCAGAAGAAGGCAGAGCACCAAGUGGGGGAAGAUGGGUUCUUACUGAAGAUCAAGCUGGGGCACUACGCCACGCAGCUCCAGAACACGUAUGACCGCUGCCCCAUGGAGCUGGUCCGCUGCAUCCGCCAUAUUCUGUACAACGAACAGAGGCUGGUCCGAGAAGCCAACAAUGGUACUUCUCCAGCUGGAAGUCUCGCUGAUGCCAUGUCCCAGAAACACCUUCAGAUCAACCAGACCUUUGAGGAGCUGCGACUGGUCACGCAGGACACGGAGAAUGAGUUGAAGAAGCUGCAGCAGACUCAAGAGUACUUCAUCAUCCAGUAUCAAGAGAGCCUGAGGAUCCAGGCUCAGUUUGCCCAGCUGGCCCAGCUGAACCCCCAGGAGCGUCUGAGCCGGGAGACGGCCCUGCAGCAGAAGCAGGUGACCCUGGAGGCCUGGCUGCAGCGCGAGGCCCAGACCCUGCAGCAGUACCGCGUGGAGCUGGCCGAGAAGCACCAGAAGACCCUGCAGCUGCUGCGGAAGCAGCAGACCAUCAUUCUGGAUGACGAGCUGAUCCAGUGGAAGCGGCGGCAGCAGCUGGCGGGGAACGGAGGGCCCCCCGAGGGCAGCCUGGACGUGCUGCAGUCCUGGUGUGAGAAGUUGGCGGAGAUCAUCUGGCAGAACCGGCAGCAGAUCCGCAGAGCUGAGCACCUCUGCCAGCAGCUGCCCAUCCCCGGCCCCGUGGAGGAGAUGCUGGCUGAGGUCAACGCCACCAUCACAGACAUCAUCUCAGCCCUGGUGACCAGCACAUUCAUCAUCGAGAAGCAGCCCCCUCAGGUCCUGAAGACGCAGACCAAGUUCGCGGCCACCGUGCGCCUGCUGGUGGGCGGGAAGCUGAACGUGCACAUGAACCCCCCGCAGGUGAAGGCCACCAUCAUCAGUGAGCAGCAGGCCAAGUCGCUGCUCAAGAACGAGAGCACCCGCAAUGAUUACAGCGGCGAGAUCUUGAACAACUGCUGUGUGAUGGAGUAUCACCAGGCCACCGGCACCCUCAGCGCCCACUUCCGGAACAUGUCGCUGAAACGAAUUAAGAGGUCUGACCGUCGUGGAGCAGAGUCAGUGACAGAAGAAAAAUUUACAAUCUUAUUUGAAUCACAGUUCAGUGUUGGUGGAAAUGAGCUGGUUUUUCAAGUCAAGACCCUGUCCCUCCCAGUGGUGGUGAUUGUUCACGGCAGCCAGGACAACAACGCGACGGCCACCGUCCUCUGGGACAAUGCUUUCGCAGAGCCCGGCAGGGUGCCCUUUGCGGUGCCUGACAAAGUCCUGUGGCCGCAGCUGUGCGAGGCGCUCAACAUGAAAUUCAAGGCCGAGGUGCAGAGCAACCGGGGCCUGACCAAGGAGAACCUCGUGUUCCUGGCGCAGAAGCUCUUCAACAGCAGCAGCAGCCAUCUGGAGGACUACAGCGGCAUGUCUGUGUCCUGGUCCCAGUUCAACAGGGAAAAUUUACCAGGACGGAAUUACACUUUCUGGCAGUGGUUUGAUGGCGUGAUGGAAGUGUUAAAAAAACAUCUCAAGCCUCAUUGGAACGAUGGGGCUAUUUUGGGUUUCGUGAACAAGCAACAGGCCCAUGACCUACUCAUUAACAAGCCCGACGGGACUUUCCUGCUGAGGUUCAGUGACUCUGAAAUUGGUGGCAUCACCAUUGCUUGGAAGUUUGAUUCUCAGGAAAGAAUGUUUUGGAAUCUGAUGCCUUUUACCACCAGAGACUUCUCUAUCCGGUCCCUGGCAGACCGCUUGGGAGACCUGAAUUACCUUAUCUACGUGUUUCCUGAUCGGCCAAAGGAUGAAGUGUACUCCAAAUAUUACACCCCAGUUCCAUGCGAGCCUGCCACCGCUAAAGCAGUGGACGGAUACGUGAAGCCACAGAUCAAGCAAGUGGUCCCUGAGUUUGUGAGCGCCUCUUCAGACUCUGCCGGGGGCAAUGCCACCUACAUGGACCAGGCCCCCUCCCCAGCCGUGUGCCCCCAGGCUCAUUACAGCAUAUACCCACAGAACCCCGACCCCGUCCUUGACAACGAUGGGGACUUUGAUCUGGACGACACGAUGGACGUGGCGCGUCGUGUGGAGGAGCUCUUGGGCCGACCUAUGGACAGUCAGUGGAUCCCUCACGCGCAGUCGUGACCUCCUGUCGCCAUCUUCCGCUUCUUCGUCCUCGCCAGAGGAGUUAUACUUGUGGAUGUUUUAAUUCCAUGAAUCGCUUCUCUUUGGAAACAAUACUCAUAAUGUGAAGUGUUAAUACUAGUUGUGACUUUAGUGUUUCUGUGCAUGGUGGCACCAGUGAAGGGAGUGUGAGUGUGUGAGUGUGUGUGUGUGUGUGUGUGUGUGUGGCGCGCGAUUGCACGUUGUGCUCUUUCUCCCCCCUUGCUGUCCAGAGUGUAGCUGCAGCACUGGGGCCACAAACAGAGGCUGUGGUGUUUUCAGCCUUGUGCAAAAAGGCAGUUAGUUCCAUAAACCCUGGAACGUGGCCAUGUGUCUUGGAGGUGGCUGAACUUUGACACAUGGCUGUUCAGCUAAGAGAGGACAAAGGCAGGUGAGGGCACCUCCUUUCUGGUGAGUCCUUGUCACUGUGUCUACCACGCCAUUGAUACGCAACCACGAUUGUCUCUGCUUUUCUUCUGAAACCUGGAAACUGCCUUUUGACAAAGAAAGCCAGCCCUCCCUCCUUCCCGCUCCCUGACCGCCACUUUCCUGGGUAGGGAUGGAUAAAGGGGCACAGAGAGCAAUCACUGGGGAAGGGAAGUGAUGGGUUUUCUGAUGGGUGUAGCCUUUUAAAUAACACAGCCCAGCUCAAUGUUCUCUUGCUCCCCACCCCCGGCUCCCUCCCACCCGUGGAAUUGCCACUUGGUUCCUAUGUGUGUACACCUGUGCAGACACAUCUGAUGAAGCCGAGGAAAGAAAAGAGGGCCACAGAACCAAAGCUUACAGUGUCCUUUGUGUUGCGCCCAGGGUGGACCGCCCAGCCUGGCCCGGCUCACGGGCGCUGAGAGUGUUGCCUCGUUACUGGGAGCUGCCGUCCAGGUUGCCCAGCCUUCCUCUGCACUGGGGGAGCCACCAGCAAGGCUUUCCAAAGGCUUGUCAAUAAUGGCUUUUUGCAAGUGUUAAAUGGUGUUUUUGUUUCGAAAUUGGGACUUGUUUUCCCCUUCUCACCCUGAUUUGAUAGUAGAAUUCUUUCUUCCUGCAUCAGGUCAGGUGCCAUUGACACGAAGGUCAUGUCACCUCUUUUCCCUUCACUGUUUGCACAAUGCCUUGGGGAGUGAGUGGCAGGAAUGUGGGCUGAACCCAGGGCCAGCAUGCUCAGGAGGCGUGUCGCCCACCUGGCGCAGGGUGCUGGGUGUCAGCGUCAGUCAUUUGGGGAAAUGCAGCCAGCAGGUUUGCUGGGAAGCUUGGUAAGCUGCAAAAAAUGAAAAAAAAAAAAAAAAGAAAAGAAAAAGCCUCAGCAUAAUUUUGCCCACAAUUUCUUCCAUAUCCUGACACCAAAAGGAAGGAAUGGGCUACGGCAGGCAGGCAGGAAGAGGGGGAAGCAGGUAGAGCUUUGGGGUUAGGUCUGUAAGGUCACCCCUGCCACCCCCUCCAAAAGAAGGGCCUGACCACACCCAGGAGAGAAUGGCCCUAAAAACCUUAUUUUUAUACUUGUGAGUAAAUAAACAGAUAUUUUUUUUACAAAAAUAACUUCUGGAUAUAUCAGUGUUUUUGAUGUUAAAGGAAAGUACUCCUCUGUCGUAAAUUAUUUAUUGGAAGAUAACUUUGUAAAAGCUGCUGUUUGCCCUGGCUUGGUUUCAUACACUGAUUUAUUUUUCUACGCCAGGCAGUAGAACUUCUCUGCCUCUGAGGAGCAGGCUGACCCCUCCAGUGGAGACCAGCAUUGAUGUAGGAUGCUGCUAAGCGCCUUUUGCCACCACCCCCCACUCACGAUUUGAUUAACAUCCCCCCUGAGGAUGGGAGUGUUGGGGAGAGGAAGCCUGGCUGCUCCCAGACUCCAAGAGCCCUCACCUGCCGUCACCCAGAAUGACACCCUUGCCCAUCAGAUCAGCAGUGGGGCUCGCCCCAGGCGUGCCAAGGGCAGAGCUCUCACUUCAUGGUUGGCACUGGCGUCGGGGGGGGAACGGGUGCCCAAGAGUGCGGCUGCCCCAGCAUGGGGUUCCCACGCGUGUCCAGUGGCUGGGCCGCCCCCAGCUUUCCUGAGGCUGGGCCUAUAGACGGCAGAGACUUUUGGCUGAAAGGUGGGCUCGCUCUCUGCGUUAUAGCUUCUCUCUUCUCCCUAUUCCUGCAAACCGCAAGCAGAGGCGAGGGCAAGCUUGACCACUCGCUCCCAGACACACAGCACAAGUCAUCGCAAUGUUCCAUGUGUGGUCUGCGCAGGCUUCGCAGGGGAUGGGAGGGAGACCAAGAGUGAAUAUAACUUAAAAUGGAAGCAUACUUUUUAUAAUUUUUCUUUUUAAAACUUUGUGAAAUUAUUUCAGAUACAUAUUUUAGUGUUGAGGCAGAUUAGUAUAUAGCCACCAAAAAAAAAAAAAAAAAAAAAGCAUUGUGUACAAUUUGGGGCCGUCACAAAAUUGUGUAUUUUAUGUUACAAUAAAGACUUCCUCUGAAAAUACCAAA